AUGUACGUGAACGUAGCAUUCUUCACAGUUGCUCUGUACGCAUCAUCAUUGUCUCGGUCUCUACACAUGAUCGUGUAUCAUUUGUCGACUACAACUAUAUUACUUUUUGUAUACGUCUAAUGCUUGAUGAACCCAUAAACGUUACCCCACCCGCUUUAAUGUUAUUCAUGCAUUUAGUACCGCAGAUUUGCUAGUUCGAUUAAGAUUCGCUGAGAUGACUUCCAGCACGCACGUCAUUCAGGUGACAAAUGUUUCCCCGAGCACAACCUCGGAACAAAUGAGGACUCUCUUCGGCUUCCUGGGAAACAUAGAGGAGCUCAAACUCUUUCCACCCGAGUGAGUAUCUGAGGAGAAGCUUUUCUGUUUCGAUGGGUUCCCCCCGAAGCACUCUUGCAGGCCUGGUUGGAAGCUGAAGCUAAUGCUAAUACGUACGUGCAGUUGUGUCAAAUCUGAAGAUAACAUCGUUUACUGGACUGUACGGCCUAUUUUUUAUGUACAGCAUUCCCCUUUCCUUAACUUUAGUGUUUUUUCUUCGGCGAUUUUAAUUAAUAGACUGUUUUAAAAUUUUGUUUAACCAUCGUCCAGGAAUGCCCAACAAACACACCGGACAUAUCAUUAGGUACACCUGCAUGAUCCAAUCAAUACAACUGUCGAGUCGAAAAGUGUCUCUAAAAUAAGAAUGCUCACACUGGAUUUAUAUUUUUAUAUAAAUGUCAUAAUACAAUAUCUCAAUCAUAAUUGCAAUCAUAUAACAACAUGGAACAGCGUAGGCCAACUGUCUUUUUCUUGUUUAGAGUCUUUGUUUUGUGUUGUUGUAGCAAUAUGUUUGUUUGCUGUUUUUAUUCCAUCAGGACACAUUCACAUUGUUUCUGUCUAAUCAAAUCAAAGUAUGUUUGUCCUUUAAGGUGACUGCCUUCAGUUAAGAAGAUGCCUUAUCGGGUUGUCCCUGUUUGUAUGCUUUGCACAACAUAUGUGUGUUUUCUUCCAGUGACUCUCCCUUGCCUGUGACUUCACGUGUGUGUUUUGUAAAGUUCCUUGAGUCUGAUUCGGUGGGAGUCUCCCAGCACUUGACCAACACCGUCUUCGUGGACCGGGCCUUGAUUGUGGUGCCGUUUGCAGAAGUGGACAAGUCAAUUGCAGAGAGCCCCUCCCUUGCUGGCCGAAAGUGGUCAUCUACUGCCAACAGGAGAUUAGAAAAAAUGGCACCAUGCUCGCAAGGCCCUCUUGUCUCUCUCUCUAAACUCUUUUUUUUCACCCUCUAUUCAAGGAAUAUUCUCUUAGCUACAGUUAUGCAAACUCAUCAUCUAUAAGAGCAGGAUUUAGGCAUCUCAAGUUGUUUGUAAUCAUCAAAUCAAACGAGGGCAUCCCUACAACUUCAUGUGCUGAAUUUGCUUCUUUUUCCUGGUUCAGCCAUCCCUAUAUACCACGCCCUGCUGCAAAUGCACCAACCGUUUUGUCCUCAGCAGCCUUAUCCUGUUUCUCAAGUGUCUGUUCUGGUGUUGCUGUGCAUAUGUGUGUGUGUUGAGUGUACAUGUCUCUUUUAUAAUAUGAAAAUUUCAAAUGAAAAAAAAAACAUGGACUGUUUUCAGAUUGCACAACCAUGGAUUGACCUUCCCCAUAAAAGCUCUCCUAUUUUGAGCCGACAGGUUUUUUUUCCCCCCCCAGCUUUGGGCACGUUAAUGUUUUAAAUUUAAAUUUGCUGGUAAUAAACCAAUAGGAUUUUUUUUGUUUUUAUACAUACUAGAUUUUGUUUAGAGUUGACAGAUCCGAGCUGUGUUGUAUCUUGUUGCCAGGUUGGUUAUUGUUUUGUUACUAUAGUACCCUGUUUCCUCUAAUAGUGGCUGCCACCUUAAUUUACACUAUAUUUACCGUAAUCUGUGUGUGUCAUCCAAUUUAACAUAAAUACCUGAUUGGGAAUAAAGUCUUCUAUUUUUCCAAUGGUAGAUAUUUUGUUGUUUGAAAGCUCAAAUAAUUCAGGUUAAAUUUUCCAAUACAGCCAGUCUCAAAAGUCAUCGCACUUAUACUUUUCAAACAUUUUAGGUAUUAUUCAGCCAGAUGUGAGGCCAUCAUUGUUUAGCAUCUUAGUUUUUGUAAGUGCUGCAAAAUAACUACCCACAAAGAAAUUUUUCUGUUCCUUAGUGCAGUUCAGCACCCGUUUGAGAAGCUUUGUUGCCGUCACACUUCUACAAUGUGUCGUGCAAUUUCAUGUCUGGCAAAGCUGGAUCUUUUCUUGAAAAAACAUUGCAGUAGAAGGCCUGCAUCUGUGCUAGCACCACUGAAGAAAAAAAACGUAAAACUUGAAGUCAACCAGCAUCACAAAACUGAUGUAGUUUGACGUUGAGUUUUCCUCAGUAACUAUCAAGUCAAGUUCAACUUUGUAGAACCAAGUAUGUAGUAUUUUUUUCCUAAAAUGUCAUGACAAAUUAUUUGUGAACGAAACAAAAAACAAUAAUUAAGGAAAAUAAACACCUAUAUCACUCUUACGCCUGAGUGAGUGCAAAACACACACACACACUCCCUGGCCACUAUAUGAGGAGUUAGGGUAUUAUUGUAUUUUUUUUAAAAUAUUAUUUUCAAAGUAACCAGACGCAAAAGCCCAGAAAAGGUAAAUCUGAAUGAGCCUUUCCUGUUUGUGUUUUGGUAAGCACUGUUGAAAUGUUCCCCUGUUGACACCCAAAUCACAAACUUUGUUUUCUGUAUCUCAAUGUUUCUGUGUGCUUUGUAGCGAAGCAGCCGGCGCGAGUCGCUUGUUCAUAAAACAUCUAAUGAAAGUUGAGAGCACAUCCCACGGGACAACCGGCUGUGCUUGUUUGGUUCAUGACUUAGAAAACAAGUACAGGAGUCAUUCCUGAUGAAUCGAAAGCUAUGUCGCUGCUGGCUCCGGCCAACGCCGUGGCGGGAAUGAUGCCCGGGGCGGGCCUUCUGCCAACACCCAAUCCUCUGGCUUCUAUGGGAGGCUCGCCGUUUGGUAGUCUCGGCGCACCCAACUUGGAGCAGAUGGCUGCAAUGGGAAUAGCAGGACCGAACAUGAACCCUCAGGCCCUUUCUGCAGACUUCCUGAAGCUCAUGCAGUCCAUGGAUCAAAAGUUGAAUCCACUUGCAGGUGGGCUGAACCUAAAUCCCGGCUUGAAGAACGACAGCUCCAACAAGGAAAUUGAAGAAGCCAUGAAGCGUGUUCGAGAGGCGCAGUCCCUCAUUUCUGCCGCCAUUGAACCUGGGAGUAAAAAAAAUGACAAACGCAAACACUCUCGUUCCCGCUCACGGUCACGCCGCAGAUGCUCCAGAUCUCGCUCAAGACACCGGCGCUCGCAGAGCAGGUCUCGGAAGAGGUCACGUUCGAGGAACAGGAGGAGGUCCAAGAGCCCACGGAGGAGGAGUUCCCACUCCAGAGGCAGAAGCCGCCGCAGCAGAUCCAGGGACAGGAAGGAGGAAAAGUCCAAGAAGAGGUCAAAGACGCCACCUAAGAGUUACAGCAGUGCAAGGAGGUCUCGCAGUGUCAACCGUAGAUAUAGGCGAAGCCGCAGUGUAUCCAGGUCCCCCAAAAAACGCUUGACCAGAUCUCCAUCGCCCAGACGAAGGCACAAGAAGGAGAAGAAGAAGGACAAGGAUCGUGAGAAGGAGCGAGAGAGAGAGCGGAGGGAGCACAGGGACCAAAGUAGAGAGCAGAGAGAACGCUCUUCCAGCAAGAAGAAGAGCAAAGACAAAGAGCGAGAACGUGACCGCAAGUCAGACAGCGACAAAGGCGAUGUGAAGGUGACGCGGGAUUAUGAUGAAGAGGAACAAGGCUACGGCAGUGAGAAAGAAGCGGAGGAAGACGAGGAGAGGAAGAGCGAUUCUGACUCCUCCUCGCCCACUGGACUCGACGAGAUGGAGAGAGGCCAAAGCCACGCCCCCAAAAAGUCCAAAGUCAACCAAGAUGAUCACCACCAAGAAGACAUGGAAAUGAGCGACUAAGAUUCCCAUUUACAGGAAGGACAUUUUUAAUGUAGGCAACAACGGAUCUGUGCCUGAUCCACUGAAGUACAAUGUGUGGUAUUAACUGUAAACAUGGAGGUGUAGAAUGAAGGGCUGUAAUAUACGGUAUAUGGACAUGGUCAUCGUUUUAAAAAUUCUUCUGUCCUUUUUGUGCUCGUGUCAAUUUUCAAUGAAAUCCCACUAAAUGUCAGGAUGAUUUAUCGUGACAGCCAUACACCUUUUCUCCCCUCGCUAUUCAGCAUUACCAAUCACACAUCCAGUUCUGUUUACACUUUCAGUCCUUAAUACGUGUGCAUUGAAGUGUAAUGCAACGGAAAGUAAUAAAACUUGUGAAAACUGUUACCAUCGAGUGUGCGUGUGGUUUGAUUUACUUCUCAAAAGAACAAACAAGAGAAUUAAGAGAUUUUUUUUUCUUUAAAAACAUCUAUAUACAAAAAUAGCAACUUCCACCAUAUUACAAUCCAGUAUGUUGGAUCAAGUCAGGUGACAAAAUGGGAA